GCGAAACAAAACAAACGAGCGGACGAAUACCACAAUAAAAUCAGAAUAAAAUGCAUUGGAAGCUUCAGUUGGCGUUGCUAGCUAUAGUAAUUCAUUUAGUGAGAUCUCAAAAUGAUCCGGACUCGGUUACGGAUAAUACGGAAGGAGAAGCUGAAACGGAAACGGAAUCGGACAUCGAAUCGGGGCAGUUCUUUAGCCACCUCUACAAGAGCAAUUUGCGACAAAUGGUGAAAAUCAAGAAUGAUUCUUUGGAUCCAUGUGAUGACUUCUACGCACAUGCUUGCGGAAAUUUCGAUCAGGCUUUGGAGGAAGAUCCAGAGGAAUCUUUGCCUCCUUAUCUGUACAAUAAACAGGAUAGGAUGAGCUUCUUUGCUGCCCAGGUGGCCAAUUUCCAGACUCUCCCGGGACGAUUGAUUUCGCAAUUAUAUACGGAGUGUCGACAGAGAGGGCAGAGCAAUGUUUUCAGUGUAAAUCCACCCUCUACUCACUGGGAGAGUCUGCUGACGGAGAUACCCUUUCUCGCGAGGCAUGAAGCGGUCCUCACCAAUUGGCCUUUCCUCCAGCAUCAGUGGGAACGAAGACAACUUAAUGGACAGCUCAAUUGGAUCGCUCUGUCGGCUCAACUGGCAGCUCAUGGUGUGCCCACUUUACUACACAUAUAUUUUGCUAAGGAAACAAUUUAUGUGGCUCCAUUGGAGGACCUGCCGUGUCCCAGUAUGGAGGGUUUCCAGAUGAGUCUCUCAGAUGUUAUGGAGGGUCGUCAUCACCACAUUUCUUACCUAAUUUCCCACGAGAUGAGGAUUCUGUGUCGUGGAAUGAGAGGAGAACUACCGCUGGCCAGGAGUUUGACAAGAAAGGAAAGGACUACCACAGCGAGUCCUGGCCAAGAGCAGCUUCUGCUGGAUGAGAAUACAAUGGAGUAUUUUCAGCACUUUUUGGUCCUGAACUUCUCCAAGGAGCAGCUGGAGAGGGCUCGAAAGUUUCCCCUGGAUGUGGAGAAGAUCUCAAUGGCUUGGGAAGUCUUGAGGCAAACGGAGCCUCGCAUAGUUUACAACUAUGUGUUGUGGCAGGCCAAGGAGCACCUUCGUUAUCCAGAUUGCUACAGGGUAUCAGAGGAGUUUGAGAGGUUAUUGCAUGCGGAAUACUGGCAAUGGCAUGUUUUGAGUUCUCACCUCAGCAGAGAAGUGGCCCUGGCCUCCUACCAACUUCAUACUACUCGCUUUCAGCAACGAAGGAGAACCAGUCUCUCCAAAAGGGAUUGGUAUGGUCAUCUGUUGCCAGCUUCUGUUGAAAAAAAGGAGCUACAGGUGGCUCGCAUCCUUCAGGCUCAUGCUCAACUUUAUUUAAAUAUAACUGAACUGAACGAAAGCUAUAGGGGACUGGGAUUUAAAGCGAACUCAUUUCAUGGCAAUCUUCUGCUGCUCAGACGAGCUCAGCUACGUCAUAGCUUCGAAUCCGUCUAUAUAGAUGAGGAGGAUGUGAAUCAACCUGCCUAUUUUCUCAGGCAUUUCCUUCACUUCGUUCUGCUUUCGCUGUAUCGACCCACCUAUCACUACUAUGCCACUCAGGGAUUGGAGCUCUGGAGGCAAUCAGGACUUCUGCUGGAUACUGAUGGUAGCUACACCGCUUUGGACUGCCUCGAGAGACAAUCUCUGCAGCACUUUGAUGCCGAAUUGGCUCCAAUUUAUCGACCUUUAAGUUUUCACGAGAUCAAGGAGAUCUUCCACUUUCAUCGCUCGUUCACAUCUUUGCGAGAUUAUCGCUUUUGGUUACAGGGUGAAAGAUUCGCCUUUGCGGAAACCUUUGUCCUGCAAUACUUUGGCUUGGAUCCCCAGAGGGUGCUCUUCUAUGCGGUGGCCCAGCAGCUGUGUAAUCGCCAGGCUUACAUCUUUGCAGCCCAACUGAACAGGGGAUAUAUGAAUAUGCCAGAGUUCCAAGAAGCAUUCAAAUGCAGAGCAGAUAAGGCAAUGAAUCCUUCAGCCAGAUGUAUGAUCAAUAUGUGUGAAUAAUUUAUUGGAUUAGAAAAUAUUUAAAUUAGAAGAAAAAUGAAAUGAAUAUGAAUAAAUUUGAAUUUACUAUUAUAGGUAAUGCCGUCAUAUUGCUUAG